AUGUUGUUUGGGAAGCUAUAUGUCAAGCACAUGUAUCAGUUGUUUGAGUUUCUAUUCACACCAUUUGAUGAUGCUAGUAACCCUAUAAUAACUCAGGCAGCUUUCCUUGCAACAUUAACGGAAGUUGAGAUUGCAGAAGCAGUUGCUUCUGCAGUUGUAAAGGCUUUGAUCGAAGUCAACUAUGAAACUAGUAAAGAAAUUCUUGAAUCGUCUACUUAUGAUGCAAAAGAUCAAGGAUGUCUUUCUUGCAGCUUCAACAAUAAACAUGAGAAAAAUGCCAGGAGAUUUGGGAUAGACAAGUUCAAAACUUGUCUGCUGUUGAUGGUGAAGAAAACGAAAGCUACAUUGAAGCACAUAGUGACCUUGAUUCAUUUGCAGAAGCUUAAGAUUGGGAAGGCUGGUAUCACAGAGGGGAUCAUUAAUGGAAUCCAUGAGAGGUGUGGACAUUGUAAAAAGCUUGCACCUGAAGGGAAGAAGGCUACAAAGAAUUUACAAGGAAAGGUGAAGCUUGCACAUGUGAACUAUGAUGACAAAAAGGUACAGGGGUUCCCAACUAUAUUAGUAUUUGGUGCAGAUAAAGAGAGUCCAAUCACAUAUGAAGGAGCAAGAACUGCAUCUGCAAUUGAAUCAUUUGCCCUUGUUCAGCUAGAAACAAAUGUUGCUCCUUCUGAAGUGACCGAGUUAACUAGCUCAGAUGUGAUGGAAGAGAAAUGUGGUUCAGCUGCCAUCUGUUUUGUUUCCUUCCUCCUUGAUAUUUUGAACUCUAAGGCUGAGGGAAGGAAUAAGUAUAUAGAGAUACAUCUAUCAGUUGCUGAAAAGUUCAAAAGGAGUCCUUACAGGUUUAAUUGGUUACAUGGCCAAUGGCGGAUCCUGGAAUUUUUUAUGUUGGGGCCAUUUAUAUGAUAAGCUCGAGCUAAAUGGUCAAAAUAUCUAGUCUGGUCUUGUGGUUUUUUGGUUUUUUUACCCUUUAUUUGGCUCGGAUUAUGGUUUUUAAGAUUUAUUGAAGGAAUGGCUCCGGUUUUCUCCAAAGCUGCAUGGCAUUGUGGAAGGAUCCCCAAGGGUGUGCACUUGUGAGCUGGUACGGGGGCGUUUUGGUCAUUGAAAAAGGAGUCAAACGUGGAGAUAUUCUCAGUUCUGGCAUAUGCGUUCUAUAUGGAGGAUUCUAAGUAUAAAAAAAAUCACCAUUGUUUCUCAGUUUAACUAGGUGUUUGGUUCAUUACUGUAUUAUUGGAUUCCUAUCGAGGGCUUAGGUGUUUAGGUGUUUGGUUCAUUAAUGUAUUAUUGGAUUCCAAUCGAGGGCUUAGGUGUUUGGUUCAUUAUUGUAUUAUUGGAUUCCAAUCGAGGGCUUAGGUGUUUAGGUGUUUGGUUCAUU